CACCUCACCCUCCUUUUUGUCGCCGGAUCUCGAUUCCUAGCUUCAAUCCCUUCUCUUCUACUCCUGAUUUUCACUAACAAACUUUGAAUUUCAGUGCUACGCUGGCUCCCAACUGUUACCCUAAACCCCAUUGUUCGAUUUCUGAGUUCUACAUCUCGUAAAUGGCUGGAAAAGCUCAAAUCCCCACCAAAAAUUCAGCGCUUAUUUCUAUGAUUGCUGAUGAGGAUACGGUGGUUGGAUUUCUUCUUGCUGGAGUUGGUAAUGUUGACCUGCGAAGAAAAACUAAUUACCUUAUAGUGGACUCUAAGACAACUGUGAAACAAAUUGAAGAUGCUUUCAAAGAGUUUACAACAAGGGAGGAUAUUGCAAUAGUGAUGAUUAGUCAAUAUGUUGCAAACAUGAUCAGGUUUCUGGUAGAUAGCUAUAACAAGCCAAUUCCUGCAAUAUUGGAGAUUCCUUCCAAGGAUCACCCAUAUGACCCGGCACACGAUUCAAUUCUUUCCCGAGUAAAGAAUCUGUUUUCUACUGAAUCGGUGGCAUCUGGGAGGCGUUAAAAAGAUAUUACAUCUUAUGCCCCCACUCAUUCUGAAGUCAUCCUCCUUUCUUCAAACAUGCUGCACUUGGUUGGUGUACCCUGCUUUCUUCUGCAUUAGAAUUUCAUAUUUUGUAAUGAUUCUAUUCAUAUUUUGAUCACUUGAAUAAAACUUGAAGAAACAUGGAGCUAGAGGAGCUCCUCGUGGGUAUUCAAGCAACCCCAUUGUUUUUCUUGUACCUUAUUCCGUAUCAUUUAAAACUGGAACCUAGAGGCAUUACAUCUACAUGUAUCUAAAACCAUUUGCCUCUAUAUAUUUUUUUUUUUGGCGUU